AGCAGAAGAAAAAUGAACUUAGUCUAUAUUAUAAUCUUUGGCUUCAUCCUGAUUUUGCCUGAGAAAACAUUAUUACAGGUGAAUGGGGCAGUGGAAAAGCCAGCACGGGAUUGCUCAGAUAUCUGGCAAAGGAACAAACAUUUCCCCAGUGGUGUAUACACCGUAAAACCAGUGGGUGCCAAAACUUUUUUUAAGGUGUACUGUAAAAUAUCCAAGGUUGGGGGCUGGACUUUAAUACAAAAACACAAUGGAGAGGAUGGCCUAUCCUUUGAAAAGUCGUGGCUUGAAUAUGAAAAUGGGUUUGGAAAUCUCACAGGGGAGCACUGGCUUGGACUUGAGAAAAUGCAUUUGCUGACGUACCAGAAAGGCAGGAAAUGUAAGCUGCGAAUCAGUCUUGGGGACUUUGCUGGUAACAAAGGCUAUGCAGAGUACAACCCUUUCCGUAUCGGGGAUGCAAAAACCUUUUACAGACUCUCAGCAGGGAAUUACUCGGGGUCAGCAGGAGAUGCCUUUGCAGGCAAUAAGGAAAUCGAAGGGGACAACCAGCGCUGUAGCCGUUUCAGCACGGAGGACAAUCCCAAUGACAACUGCUGGCCAAUGUGUAUAAAUGGGGGGAUCAUGUUCCUCAGCUGCAGUAGGCAACAACAAGCCGGUUGGUGGUUUAACGCCUGUGGAUCGGCAAACCUGAAUGGUAUAUGGCGGGAGCCACCAAAUUAUCAAAACUGGGCCUCAUCGGUGUCUUGGCCCACAUGGAGAUCUGACCAGUCACUGAAAUUUAGUGAAAUGUAUCUAAUACAUGAAUAGAGGGGUGUCCUACAUGUGCAUCGUGUGUGUGAUAUGUAAUAAA